AUGAAGAAGGAGAGGAGUCAUGAGACGACAAUGACCAGAAUCUCUACUCCAGAUCAUCGCGAUACAAGCAGCGUACGAGAAGAUAUAAUGGGCUCGGUUUGCAAAAGCUGGAAGCUUUAUGAGAACCCUUACUACUGUUGUUCACAGUCUCAAGAUCAUCAUCAACACCAACAACGCAAGGCUUUUAUUUGGGAUCUGAAUUUCAUAAAGGUUUUCAUGGAAUCUGAACUAGACAAAGCUCGAGUGGAGAUCAAGGAACUGAAAGCAGAGCUGGACUACGAGAGAAAAGCUCGAAAACGGGCAGAGUUGAUGAACAAGAAGCUGGCCAAAGAUGUGGAAGAAGAGAGAAUAGGUAGAGAAGAGGAGGAGCUGCAAUACAAGCGGAUCUUAAAAGAGAGAUCUUCGGAGAAAUCAGAGAUUGUUCGGAUGAAACUAGAGCUUGAGGAAGAGAGACAGAUGCAUAAGUUAGCAGAGGUUUUGAGAGAAGAGAGAGUUCAAAUGAAGUUGUCUGAGGCGAGGCUUUUCUUGGAAGAGAAGCUAUCUGUAUUCGAAGGAGAAGGUGACAGAAAUAGGAUGAUAUUGAAGCCAAAGAAGCUAGAGAGAUCGCUUAGCUCACCAGCGAGUACGAGGUUGGAGAAUCCGCAAAUAAAGAGAGGGAACAAAGGGUUUGUGGAGUUUUCAAGAGUGAUGCGAGCAAUAAAAACAAAAAGUGAGCAAUGGGGUUUAAAACUUGAGUGCCAAAUGGUUCAGCUCAAGACUUUGCUUAGCCAUAAGACAACACCAAGAUGUGCUUCUUUUCCUUCUUCUGAUUGA